AUGAGCAGUUCCAGUGUUUAUAAUCCACUUUGUGAAGGGUCAAUACGUGUGUUGGACAUACAGGCUCUUCCCGAUGGCGCCAAUCCUGAUAUUCUCAUAACACGUAUCAGAGUCGUUCCGCUAGGGGACAAGCAUGGCUUUUGUACCCUUUCGUACGUCUGGGGCGACGAGACCAGCCCUAUGCCGAUACAAUGUAACGGGCAGGUUAUCAACGUUACUCGGAACUGUUGGGCAGCACUCCGACAGCUCCGUGACAGUUUUGGAAGUCUUACAAUAUGGGUCGACUCAAUCUGCAUCGACCAGAAUAAUAAUGAGGAAAAAGAGAUCCAGAUAAGACUAAUGGGUGCCAUAUACACCUCCGCUGAGGUUUGUUACAUAUGGAUAGGCGAUGGGAAUAAGGAAACUGAUAAGGCUAUGGAGUAUCUGGCCAACGGCGGUGUAUCUUUCGGGUAUCUCACAAAUCGUGCUGUUAAUGGGCCAAAUACUACCACUGGCAUACAAAUGGAGCUAUCGCUGGCUCUUCAAUGGUGCAAAGGGGCCUAUACCAAUCACCAAAAUGGCUAUUUCAAUGGUCUCGAAGAUGUCCUCAACCGGCCCUGGAUCUCGCGUCUAUGGACUUUGCAGGAGGCGUUACUAUCACAGGAAGCAGUCAUCGUCUGUGGAAAGAAAGCAGUGCCCUGGUUGGCAAUGGUCCACGCCAUUGAGCAAAUGAGCUUCGUGAGCUCGAAAGGAUUCACUGGUUCACUCACGUUCCCGAUAGGCUUGCUUCAUUGGAGAAGGCUGCAGCUCUUCUGGUUACGCUAUCAUGGACGAGUGGGGUUGCAGAGAGGAGAUGCACCUCAGACAAUGGACAGGACUAACGAAUGUAAGAUGCUGUUACAGGUAGAGAAGCACAUGCAGUCGCUCAACAAGGCCUGGGCAUACUUCAGGUUUCUCUACUUCGGCCUAUUCGCUUUGUGGCUCUGGAUGAUCGCCGCCCAGCUUUCCAUUAAAGGGAUUCCCGGGACCGUCCUUCUGCUCACCGAACUUUUUAGCGUGCUGAGAGGGUUCCAAUUGAUAUUUUCUUCCCGCCGCCAACUCAGACUGAGCCUUCCAAAUCGCGACAAUGAUGCAAUUAUCACGGAAGCUUUAACCCGACAGUGCCAAAAGCCGAAAGACAGAUACUACGGUCUUCUUGGCGUUAUCGGUGACGGCAUGCGCUCGUUCCCAACGCCUAUCACAUUAAAUUACUCAAGUAGCCUCAGCGACACUUACCACGAACUGUUCAUCGAUCUUCUUCACUACACGAAGUCAUUGGAUCUUCUCCUUUUCACAUCGCAUGACAAGUUCAGCGAUUCCCCGUCAUGGGUCAUCGACUGGCGUUCCGCGUCCCAACGUUGGAGCAAAGCCCGAUAUUGGACACGGACUAUAUGGUGGGUGGCAGCUCGCGAUUGGCCGCAAUUCCGAGCAUACAAGUACUCAGGUGCAACAUUGGAAUCGACAUCUGUGUGGAACUUUCGCACCAGGAACCAACUUGUGGUCCACGGACGAGUCAUCGGCGGCCUCGUUUGGUGCUCUGGGCAGAUUGAAGCCAUUAGUGACUUGUCAACGUCUAGGGAGCUGCUGGAAAAUAUCCAGUCCUUCCAAAUACCUCUGACUUGCUUUGUGAGCCACUUUCAGAAGAAGGUGGCGCGGGCGUUGUCUCAUUUUGUCGAAAUCCACACCGACAUCUGCGAAGGCCCAGCUUGGAAGGGUUGGUACCAGAUUCUGGGGCAACCUACUGUGGACAAAGCUUAUUCUAUAGUUCACCAGCUAAGAAGCUGUGGGCGAAGGUGGCCGGCUUUUUAUAAUGCGUGGGAUUUUCAUCAGAGACUGUCAUCCAUUCUUUCGAGAGAAGAAAUGAUUUUAGCAAGCUGUAGCGCUACUGGCUAUGCAUCCGGUUAUUCUGGAAUUGGAAUUGCCCCGAGGACUUUUAAGAGUGGAGACGUCGUGGCUCUCAUAUCGGGUAUGUCUAUGCCCGUUGUUCUUCGUCAAGGUCAAGGAGGUUACGAGUUUGUGGGCCCCAUAUUCCUACCCGGAACAAUGGAAGGGGAGGUUUGGAAGAACAUUGAUGAAGACAAUCUAGAUGAGAUAGUGCUGGUAUAA